AUGCGCCACAUUCUACAGCUAGAGAGCCUGGUAUACCGAGUCGCCAUUACUAGCACUUUCCGGCUAGGGCCUAUGUGUCACCUAGAGGAAUACUCCUCCCUGGACGAGCUCCUCGAUAUAUGGGCGUCGUCACCGAUCACUUGUGGUUUGUGGCAACAUAGCCUCUGGAUCGGUCUGCGGCCGCCCAUAUUCAAUGCAGUCUUUAAGCUAUCAGUCCUCCUCCGUCUCGUGCCCCUCCAACCUUCCUGGAGGUCUGAGCUGGACAAGCUAGAAGGCAACUUUCGGCACUGUCUUGGGCCUUAUGAGGCGUGGCCGUCGCACAUGGGCGACCCAGAUCACCCACCGGAUAGCGGUGGCAGGCCUUGCUUGUCGCUAGCAGACCAGGCCCGCGCCGCACACUGCCUUUACGCUUAUGCCUGCCACAUAAUCACGAUCAAAUUGCGGGAUCCUGAGUCAACGCAGUCCGGGGAUCAGAUCCGUCGAGUAUCCCGCCUCGGUUUCCGCCUUCUGGCGUACCUGGCAAAAGCGGGGUUCCUAUCACCAGUGUUGAUAUGGCCAGCCGCCAUCAUCAGUCUCGCCGCGUCGAGUCCGGAGGACCAGGAUAUAGCGACGCUGUACAUCAACGGUCUAGCCCACAAGUCUGGAUCACGGGCCAUUACAUCAGUAAUGCGCCUUCUGCACCUUGCAUGGACGAGAACCAGUAAAGAAUGGGCGGCCGGAACGAAUAUACUCUUUGACUUCGAAGCGCUCGGCGACGUUUUUAUCUGA